AUGUCUGACAAGAAAGAAACUCCUCCCACCAAUCAGCCCCCCGCUGCCCCCACCACUUCCAACAAGGUCGGAAAGCGCAAGCGCCAGCGACCCCGUCCCCCCCCCCCGCGAAAGGAGCUUGAAAAAGUUCUUGCCUCCGGUGCAGAUGCUGCGUCUGGUGCCGCCCCUGCGUCUAGCACUGGCCCUGCAGAAUCCUCCACGCCUCCCGCUGCCUCCACCACCGCUGCCUCCACCUCUGCGCCCAAUGUAGGCAACACUGGUGUCGCCGUUCCCGCGGUGGGCCUCGCCCACCAUACCACUAUUGCUUCGUUGGUCCCCGAACUACAGUUGAUGGACGACGAAACCACCGCGCUGGCUAGAUAUCUCCCGGAUCUCAUCACUGCUUUUGUUCAUGGCCGCAGGAUUACCUUGAAGGUACCCUGA